AUGAAAAUCGGCGUUUCCUUCAACGCCAUUUCGCGGUGCACAUUAUUCGAAUGGAACUGGAGAAGUAUCCGGCGCCUGAGGGAGGCCUUCCAUAGAGAGCUCGUGAAGAGUAGAAGUGAUUCCGUGUGUCAUGUUGAGGUGGCUGAUAUCAAAAAGUAUCUCGGUGCAUACAACAGUCUGCUGGAAAACCUUAAUUCGACGGGCUCAUCUUUCAAGAUAUCGCUCAACAUUGCGUCCCUGCUGGAAUUCGUGUACCAUUUGGCCGUCUUCGUUUACCCCUCCGUCAUGGUAGAGUUGGCCAAAAGCGAAGUGCAAAAGAUCAAGUACCUCGUGAACGAGAUAAGGGCUCGCCAUUCAGACCCGAGAGUAUCAGCUAAAGCCGACGACGCUCUCCAAUUCCUCAGCCUUCGCCCCUUCGAGUUCGUCGUGUGGCGUUUCAUGUCUGUCAACAUACAGCUGCCUUUGAACUUUGUGGUCCUCAUCGUAUCCUACGUCAUUGUCACCAUUCAGUUCACGCACAUUUAUGGCUAA